CAAAAUAUACAACAGUGCGCAGAAAAAUCUUAACACCAACACUGUAAGUACAAAGUCCCCUGACAGAAGGCACGAAUUUGAGGUGGCGGAUACUUCUUAGCCGCGGGCUUCGGCUGAACAUUCGACCUGAAGCAACUACUUUGCGAGGAAGUCGGGAGCCCAAAAAAAAAUUGCCAACUUAGUUCCCUAUCCUGGAACAGUGGUGAAAUGUUCGCGUCAACCACGACAAAAAAUGAGCCUUCUCGCUAGUAUUCCCGGAGACGACAUUAAAACGUUCGCCACCAUUUUGACGACAUUAGGAGGCAUUGGCGAUGAAUUGCACUUUGAAGCUCAUCGUGGUCAGUUGGUAUUGUCUAUGGUCAAUUCUUCCGUGACCACGUUAGGCAAGGUGUACAUAUCGUAUGCAUUUUUCGAGAAAUAUCAGGGAUUUGCGGCGCUGUUCAAAAAGCAGACCAAGAUAUUGAACAGCAUUGAAAUCAAACUGGAAGGCGCAUCAAGCGUUUCACACUCGACGGACGAUGAAUUCAGACCAUGUCGUAUAAGUGUAAAACGAAACGGUCCCCUUGGUCAUUCAGGCUUCAGCCGCACGAAAAGCAUGCCGUUCGCACAAACACAUCUACCCAAUAUCCAGUAUAGCAAAGACGCAGCCAGCCGAUUUGUCAUCAAGCCUGGUUAUCUUCGAGAAUACCUCAACUUUUUCAAUUCCAAAGUGGAAGAGAUUGUAUUUGUGUGCUCUCGUUUCAAUAUGAAACUUCGCAACGCUGGAUCGCCCUCCGUAACUAUGGAUACAUCUGUGGACUCAAGGCCGUUCCAGAUCGAAGUCUCACUCAACAUGGAUCAGUUUGAUCUGUACGAAACGGCAUCUGAUACCAUGCUUACCCUUAGCAUCAAAGACUUCAAGACAGUGGUGUCGUACGCAGAGAUGUUGGGGGAGCCGGUAUCUGCCUUUUUUAACGAUGCCGGACAGCCCAUUGUCUUCAGUGUUCAGCACACGGAAAACACCAUAUUUGAUAUGGUGUUGUUGACGAGACCAGUUCCCGAGUUGAAUGCGUAUUCUGGCACACAAGACGAUGUGUCCAUCACGAGGUCGUCCGUUAACAUUUCCCAUCUCUCCGGUCGGUCUGGGAUGACUGCGAAUCGAUCUCAGCGACCCGCGCCACCAUCGAUCGAACAACAGGAGGAGCCUUUGUUCCCAUCGCCGUCUAUUCAGUGCGGAAGGAACAACAGUGGCCAGGACGUAAGCAUGCUGCCACUUCAGUCUGGUCAAAGCGAUAGUGGGCAUUCCAGAAGAAGUCACGGCGAACAGGACAUGUUUGCUUUUGGGUCACCGCGGGAAGAGGAUGGCGAUCCCAUGAAGCGACGGAAAGUAGCCGGACGGUCCAACAAACGACACAUUACAUCGGCUGGCAGCGGCUCCGAUACAGAUGACGGCUCAGGCAUGACGUGAUGGCAAUCACUGGUUAGAAUAACAGAUAGAAACUUGUAAGGUGCCAUGUAAAGACUUUUUUUGCACCCCUUCAUCUCUUGGGAAUGGGUGCUCUAUAAAUAAUGUACAAAGAUUAAUUUAAAUCCAAUGCAA